AUGCCAGCUUAUCAUUCAUCAUUUAUAAAUGAUACAGACUUUCAGCAAGUAUGUGGAUUUGCUAUUCUUCCUUUAAAAACAAGGUUUAAAGGACCUUCACAAAUUAUUAAUGAACCUACAUUAGAUAUCAUUGAUGAAUCUAUUGAACUUUUCCGUGCAAAUUGUUUUUUUAGGAAUUUUGAAAUCAAAGGACCAGCAGAUCGUACACUAAUAUAUGGAAUUCUUUUUAUUUCAGAUUGUUUAAACAAACUUUCUCGUACGAAUUGCACUAAAAAUGAUGCAAUUAAAUUACUUAAUAUUUUCUCUCUUGAGAAUUUUACUAUACCAGGGGAUUCAGGAUUUCCUUUCAAUUCUUUAUAUGCAUCGCCUUCAAAUGAAUUUGAAUCAGGCUUAUAUUAUACAUAUUCUUUAUUUAUAAUAACUUUACUAGAUUUUUUAAGGCAAUAUCUUUCUCAGUUUCGUCAAGAAUUAGCUUUAAGACUCAUAGAUCGUGUUUAUAUAGACUCUGAUAGACCAAACAAAUGGUGGCUAUGUUUUAGUAAAAGAAAAUUUAUGAAUAAAACAUUAUCUUGA